UUAUUAUUAUUAUUAUUAUUAUUUUAGUGUGAUGGUUUCUGUUCUUCUUACUACUAAUCCUAAACCCAAUUCUGGUUUCAAAUAUGGUUUCGAAUUCAAGGAACAAGCUUUAGGACAACCUGCCUCUGAUCAAGCUGUCGUUAAGAUUCAAGCUGCUGCUUUCAAUCAUCGUGAUAUAUGGAUUCUCAAAGGUCAAUACCCUGCCAUCAUACCUGGUUCCGUUCCUGGCUCUGAUGGUGUCGGUAUAGUUACCAGCGAAACUGCUUCCUUCAAGCAAGGUCAACGCGUUUUAAUUAAUCCUGGCUCUGGAUGGGAUGAAGAUGAACGUGCCCCAGAACAAGACUUUAAAAUCUUGGGUCUUCUUCCUUGUAUUGGUACAUUCACUGAUUCUGUAGUUGUCGAUACAAAAGAAUUACUUCCUUGUCCUGAACAUCUUUCAACUGCUGAAGCGGCUGCUCUUCCCUUGGCUGGUUUGACUGCAUAUCGAGCAUUAUUCACAAAAGCCAAGGUUCGUGCUGGUGAACAUGUUUUGAUAACCGGUAUUGGUGGUGGUGUGGCCUUAUUUGCUUUACAAUUCGCGGUGGCUGCUGGCGCUCAUGUCUAUGUUACUUCCUCCAAUCCUGAUAAAAUUGAAAAGGCUAUUCAACUUGGUGCCAAGGGAGGCGUUAACUAUAAAGAUGAAAAUUGCAUCUCGGAAUUGAAAAAGCUACUGAAUGGAAACUUAUUAUCAGCUAUUAUUGAUGGUGCUGGUGGACCUUUAUAUGAACAAUAUCCCCGGGUGAUGCGUACAGGAGGCAUCAUUGCAAACUAUGGUCAAACUGUUCGUGAUCCCGCUGUCCACUUUACUGCGUUAGCUUUCAUCAAGAACAUUGAACUUCGUGGUACCACUAUGGGUUCUCGGGCUGAAUUUAAGAAAAUGGUGGCAUUUGUUGAUGCUCAUAAAAUCAAACCUAUUGUAUCUCAAGUUUGGCAAGGAUUGACAGAAGAAUCAGUAGAUGAAGCUGUCCGUACUAUGGCAAAUGGUGAACAAUUUGGUAAAUUGGUUAUUCAAAUCGGUGAUAUUGAUAGCCCUCAUACUCCAAAACUCUAGAUUAGUGUAGAUUAUUAUAUUAAAUUGUAUUUUAUGGAUGCACAGUUUAUACAAUAAAAUGAAUUUGACAGGAUCAGGAAAAUAUGUUGAUAUCGA